AUGUCGUUCAUUAAUACCUUGAGUACUACGCUGGCCAAGAUUCUGCCUGAUACCACUUUUGAAGCCAUCGCGUGGGUUACUAUUGCGCUCUGUGCAUAUACCAUUGGCCUUGGCAUCUACCGGCUCUACCUGUGCCCUCAUGCUCGCUUCCCUGGCCCAAGCCUCGCGGCUCUCACUUAUUGGUACGAGUACUACUACGAUGUGACACUGGGAGGCAAGUAUAUCUUCCGCAUCGAAGAGCUGCACAAACAGUACGGUCCCGUGGUCCGCAUCAAUCCAUACGAGCUCCACAUCAACGAUCCAGACUUCUUCAGCGAGAUCUACCAUAACAACAAGUGGAUCACGCACCGAGACAGGUGGUACAACCUAGAUCACCUGGGCGAUGGCCUCGCGUUCACUAUGCACCAUGACCUUCACCGAGAAAGAAGAGAGCCUCUGGCACCUUAUUUCUCCAUGCAGAGCAUCCGUGCGCUAGAGCCUCGCAUCACGGGCGUGGUCACCAACAUGGUCACACGCAUGCAGAGAGCGCUGCAAGAUGAUGAAGUGCUCGUCAUGUAUAGGCUCGGGACCGCGUUUGCAAUGGACGUCAUCACUGAAUACGCCUUCGGCAAGGAAGGAGCCACAAACAUGAUGCUGAAACCCGAAAUGGGGGCAGAAUGGAGCGACAUGACCAAGGAGACAAUUCAGGUAAAUCCAUUCGCGCGGCAGUUCAAGUGGCUCACCGCAACCCUUGCGACUCUUCCUUCAGCAUGGGUGCUGCGGCUGAAUCCCAAACUUGCAGGUUAUGUCCACUGGAAAGAGAAACUGCUCGAGCAAGUUCGGAGGAUCGUGGCCGAGCACUCAGAAGCGAACGAUGACUCCAAGGGCUCCGGAUACGAGGACAACAUCUUCCACCAUCUCCUGGACAGCGAUCUGUCUACGGCUGACAAGGGCGAGAUGAGGCUAACGGACGAAGCCAGUAUGAUCGUCGGUGCCGGAGGCGAAACAACAGCCCAAGUUAUCGGACGGGCCUUCUACCACAUCCUUGACAAUCCAGAGGUAUUGGUAAAGCUCAGAGCGGAGUUGAUAGGGGCCAUACCUGACGCGAAGGUGAUGCCAUCACUGCGAACGCUGCAGAACCUUCCUUACCUGUCGGCGGUUGUAGAGGAGGCAGUCAGGAUCGCUCUGCCGUUACUGGCCCGGUCUCCCAGGAUGUUUGAAGACCAUGCACUCCAGUUCGAUGGAUGGAGGAUCGAGCCCGGCAUCGCCGUCUCCACUUCACCGUACGUGGUCAGCACGAAUGAAAGAGUCUUCCCCGAACCGUUCAAGUUUAGGCCUGAACGAUGGCUCGGAGACGCCGGUAAAGAAUUACAAAAGUACGCAGUGACAUUUGGCAAAGGACGAAGAGGCUGUCUGGGCAAAAACUUGGGAUAUGUUGAGCUCUGGUUCGCUCUCGGCGUUGCCUUCCGCAGAUUCGAGCUUGAGUUGUACGAAACGACGAUCGAGGAUGUCACGGUCGUCCAUGAUUUCUUCAUUGGCGUGACUGAGUUGUCAUCGAAGGGAGUCAGAGCUAAGGUCGUUCGAGAGUUAUCGUAA